CUUAACGUCACUUUUGUGCAGCUUCUUCCCAAAUAUUUUUAGCUUGAAGCUUUUUCUUAAUUAACUUGAUUGUUUAUGUGAAUAAUAUUGGAAGAUCAAUGCCCUCACUAUCAGUGAAAUUAUUCGGAUGGAGUGGAGUCUGCUGACAAGAUAAAGCCCCGAAACCUCGGACGGAAAAGUCCUGCGGAAUUUAAUAACAGGGCCUUGAUCUGGUUUCCUUCUGCCCUUCCCACUGAGGUAUCGGUUCGAUCCACAGGCCGGCCAGGCGCCAGGCGGGAAAGCCUCUGGUAAAGCCCACAGAUGCAGACAGUGGCAGAAGAACGGCAUGUCGAAGGAAUUGGAAACUCGGCUCUGGUGUGAGGGCAGGGUGGGGUGAGGCAAAAAAUUAUGAAGGAAAAGAGAAGCGAGCAUGAGCAGAAACCAGUGAUAAUCGGACCGGUUUUGUGUGGAGGGAGACCAUGCAAGGCUAUAACAUCCCCAUCCGUCUCUAUUACACGACGAAACAGCUAGGGUACGAGGCCAACCAAGAUUCUGAGGGGAUGUGCGAGACCAAUGAAGACUCACUCCCUUCCACAAUGGUGCUGCUCCCAGGGCAACAAAAUUAAAACUGCAGCUCAAACCUGGGAAUUUCUAAGGCCUGCAGACCACAUGCUGCAACAGAUUUAUAAUGACAUGACCUUUCAUAAACAUAUGUGGCAAGAAACCAACCUUGUGUGAGUACAGAGUGCAGAAGAAUAAUACUACCAGAUGCUGCCUCACCCAUUGAGUGCUUCAGUAUACAUCAGUACACAAACUUGCCACAGGAGCCUUACUUAAAGAUGACUACUGCUGGAAAUAUUUGCCUAUUUCCACAAUUUACCUACAUAUUCUCGAUGAACACAGUGACAUGAAGGAUUAACAUACUUGCUGGUCGAAUGCUGCUUCUAUCAUGCCAGUCAUUGGCCCAUUUGAAGGAUGAAGUAGCUCUCUCUUUCAUUGGUUGGAUUUCCCAUCACUGCACUGGCUUCCAAUUACAAACACCCCAGGGGUAUAAGAAGAGCACACGUAAGAGAAUCCGCCUUUUUCACUAGGAGCUCUUUUCAGACUGAUAUUGCAAAGAGUAUUGAAGAGCCAUUGGGAAAAUAUAAUGCAGAUAGGAGGACACACAUGCACAUUUAGUUAGUAACUGUUGAACAUUUAGUUUUGUAUUUGUUAAACUUGAGGAGAUUUAACCAAGUACCUGCUGAGUUAGAAGUGUUACUGAAGUGUCGUAGUCCUUUGUGACUUAGCUCAGGUGGGUAGUUAUUUGACUCAGAUGCUUGGUUGAGUAUUUCACUGUUUAUUUGGAAAUAAGUAGUUAAUGUGCUUACCCACAGUCAGUGUGUUCUGUCCCACUUACCGAAUCCACAAAUCUGCUUCCCACCAAUAUUUGGUGUAGUCGUCAGGGUUUAGUGAGUGCGACAGGGGCUCAAAAUGAUCGGGGUAACAACAAGUGAGAGAACCCUUCGUAGGAGGAGUGUUGAGUCCCGAGGUGGACUGACAACAGCACUGGGAUCAGCGUUCUCACUAAUCCACUAGUACUCUGAAGAACGUCGGUGGAUUGGUCAAUCGAGUUGGACUUCCACAGGGAGAAGAUCGGACACCACAUUGUGUCCACGUUAAACAAGGUAGGGGUCCCAGAUAAAACGGAGAGCCAAAGCUGUGCAUUUUGGCUGCUGGCAACCAUUGUAAAGCAUCAGCAUGAGACAAUUGCACAGAGAGAGAGUAAAAGAUAGUAAGCCUAAAGAACAAGGUGAAGGUGCUGCACUAGUGCUUGGGGAAGCUGCCCAAUCAGCCCACACCCAGUCCAAAGAACUAGAAGACAAGGGUAUGGAGAUAGCCUGUCAAUCAGUGAUGGUGCAGCAAUUAGAAGCUAGGUGGCAACCGGAUCCCAUUAAGGUCCAACCUUGAUCCUGCAGGGAUAUGAUUCCAACACAUGAAUGUGGGAAUGGGGAUAUCUGGCUGGAUGAUGAGGAUGGGGAAUAGAGAGAAGAGCAGAGUCCUAUUAUUUUCCUGCAAAAUGAUCACCCUCCCCCCUAUGCAGCCAAGACUGUACAGGCCAGACAAUGAUCAUGUGGUCCCAGAUCCAGCAUGGGGGACUUUAGCCCUUGACCCCUCUGACUCUCACAGGGGAUGAGGAGGAUCAGAAACAUGUAGGGAGUAGUACAAUGGGCCGCUCCGAGACAACAGACAUCAAAGAGUUCUCCGCCAAGGAACUGGCAGGAUUGGAGAAUAGGUACAGCAGAAGCAGGGGGAGCCUCUGGCCACGUGGUUGUUGAGGACAUGGGAUGAGGGGAUACUGGAGUGAGCUUGUCUAAUAGAGAGGUAGACGCCCUAGGGGCUUGUCGUCCCAAUAUGUGAUUAAUAAUGCCCUGAGGAUGCCACUCGAUUCCCAUGAUGGGAUACAUCAUUAUGGGUUUGGGUGGCAAUGGCAGACAAGGUCAGCUAACCUUCCCUCCGUGAGUAGGAUUUAAGCCCCAUGGAAGUGGCAGUGGAGCACAGUAAAGGAAGGCACCAGAGUCCUUCACCAUUGGGCUCUAAUUACAGGCUUGCCCAGUGAUUCUGAACUAGCCCCUGCCAGGGUAGGGCAUUUGGUGCUUGGAAUGUGUGGUGCUGUCUUUAACAGGACUGGAAGCUGGGGAUACAUACUGUAAAGGCAGCAUUCGGCUGCUGGAAGGGUUGGAAUACAUGGUGGAAUGUACAUGUGGCCAGAUCCAGAUAUUAACUAAACAGACGGGAGUGGGGGAAUCCCACAUAACCUAUAAGGAGAUGUAUUUAGCACAGUUUAGGGCAGGGGUACCAGAUUGAUGGGGUUCCCACCCCCACUUUCUGUGUGAUGUGGUGGGGAGUGCUUCAAAGGGAAAUUAGGCAAGGAAACUGCUAAGGGAGGAGACUCAACUUUUAAGCCCACUCUGAAUAGUGGUUUGUUUCAUCACUUGCUGGAUAUAACAUAGACCAUAGCCAGCACAGUAUAGGCCCUUCGGUCCACAAUGUUGUGCUGACCCUUAAACCCUGUCUCCCAUAUAUCCCCCCCACCUUGUUCCUCCAUACACCCGUCUAAUAGCCUCUUAAGUUUCACUAGUGUAUCUGCCUCCACCUCAAGAUCUGGAUUCCCCCUAUCCUUCACUGAAGGUCCUACAAAGAGCAUUGGCAGACCUCCCUCAUGCAGGGAUGGGAUCAGGGCUCCAGGACCAGUUCAUCUUCACAGUUCAUCUUCACAGGAUCAGCAGUACACCUUCUGUCACCUCCCCCGGGAUUUGUACACUGUACCAUGCAAUGGUAAGUCAAGACUUACAGAGGGUCCAGUUAGACCAUAGUAUCCCACUAUCUAGUUGAUGUACAGUUACCGGGGCCCUCACAGGAUGAAGUGGUUACCUACCUGAGGGAGUAGGAUUGGUCUAUCAACCCUGAUAAGAUACAGGACCCCAGUCAUAAAGUUCUAUUCCUGAGCAUUCACUGACAUUCUGGGCAGAAGGAGAUACCUGAUAAGGCCAAGGGCAAGAUCUUGAUUGCUGCUGCCCACCUCCAAGGAGGAGACGCAGCGUUUUUAGGGCUCUUUGGGUAUUGGCGCCAACAUAUCCCCCACCUGAUCAUUAUAUUAUGCCCCUGCAAAAAAAUCAAACAGCAGUUGAGUCCCAAACAGCAAGCAGCUUACUCGGCUGCCAAGCAGGUUUCAGCUACCCCUAGAUGUCCGAGUGGAGCUUGUGACAGGUGUUGAAGGGGUGUUGCAUCCCUUUUCCCCAGAAGUGGGAAGCUGAUACGUCCACUUCAAGAGGCCUUUUUGAGCCCUCCUGGCGUCAGAACUUCUGGUCAAUAUGGUGCCUGCAUGGCGCCCCCUUCUGGAUAGAUUAUGAAAUCAUAUAUUUCACUUCUUUUAUGCCUUUUACUUUUGUUUUUAAUCUUGGAUGUGAUUCUGGGACUGUUGGAGUCCACGAUUUGCCGUUUGGUGAUUGUUUGGGUAUUCCGGCGUUCUGCAGAGGAUUCCAUUGUUCACUGAUUAAAGCGACAUGGAGGCAAGUGAGGAAGUUUGGAGACCAUUUGGGUGCUUCCACGCUCUGCAGUCUCCAAAAGGAAUCCGGGAGACAGAAGCAGCGUGCACGAACAUCGUGACGGGCAGGCUGCAGCAUGGGUGCAAGCCAAUGUUUGACUCCGUUUCACCGAUCAAUGCUUCCAUUGUGCAAUGAUUAAAGCAACGAGGGAGAUUAAAGCAUCUGGGCAAGCACAGAGGAUCAGCACCAACUGCCUGUCUCUCGAUCGUCAUGCUACGGAGAGGGAAAUGUCUGCCGCUGGGCCCGGAGAGUGUUGCCCAGGUUUUCUGCGUUUUUGAUAUGGACAUGGACUAUAGAGGUUUUUUGCUCUCAUAGUUUUUUUUAUAUUCUGUCAUUCUCGCUUGAUCUUUUGUGCAGAGAGGGGGAAUUUGGGGGUUGAUGUGCCGUUCCAUUUUGUUUGUUACGUUGUGGGGGAGAGUGGGGAUACAGCCAAAUGGUUGAAUUGGUGGCCAUGACCCUGCUCCUCCGAGACAUGACCAGCUAAUUAGAGUCUAUGCCAACACCCCUGGUCAAUAGCCAAUGGCAUGUUGGUAUGGAUACCUCAGUGGCAUGAGCAAAACUGGGAGGUGCUUGAGCGACCUCUGUGGGGCAUCCCUAUUGGGAACAUAUCUGGAGGGACACAUAACAGCAGCAGAUUAUGGUUCACCAUGUCGAAGCCCACACUUCGAGACACUGAGGAGGCCAAACGUAAAGGUGUGGUAGAUACGACAUCACAGCUCUGGAUGUCUACCCUGUGUUCCGAGGAGGAGGAUGAUUGCUACCUGGCAGUCUGGGCACACCAGAGAAGUGGGCAAUUUGAGGUGCACGGGAGAAGGAAACGAGCUGAAGCUCAAGGGGUGGCGUUAACUUAUGAUGAGCCCAAAACUGCAGCCGUAAGAUACCCAAGCUGCCAACAUGUUAAGUCCAAGGGAAAUCCAGCUGGUCGCUCAGGACACAACUAGAGGUACAGGAGCCAGUCAGAUCUGGCAGGUAGGUUAUAUUGGGCCUUUAUCAUGACAAAAUAAAAAGCAGUAUGUGCUGACCAUGGUCAAUAUGUAUUCCAGUCCUGGAGGCUGUGCCUUGAGACCACGCUGAUCAUGAAAACACAAUAGAAGGGUUACGGCAGUUGUCAUCCAUGCAUAGGAUCUCCUGGGAGAUCCAAUCAAACAAUGGCUCACAUUUCACAGGAGCCAACAUCUAGAAUUGGCAUAAGGAAUUCAGUACUUUGCGGGUGUUUCUCACCCCAUGUUACCCACAUGGCAGGUCUGAUCGAACGCAUGAAUGGGGUUGAUGAAGCAACAGAUAGAGCUAUUGUUCCCUCCUGAUGCCCGCACUCCUUAGGGGUGGCUGGGUAUGCUGCAGCAAGCAAUGGACCACCUGAACUCUCAGCCGGCAAAUCCAAGUGGGUUCCCAAUGUCCCUGCAUUUCUGAAACUGGAGGAAAUGGAGCAGCAAUCGGGAAAAGUUUGGGUGCAGCACCAACUGGGGCCACCAGGGCACAAGGAUGGGGAACUCUCAGCAAAUAGUUUUACUGGGGAAACCAGGAAUGAUCAUUAACCGGGGGAGGCGGGUGAGUGUACCUCUCCCUACGUUACAGAGUGGCCAAGUGGUGGAUGCUGACAGCAGUGGUGAUGACGCUGACUUGUGGUGAGAGGUCCUAUAAUACAUUCCUGCGCACGGCGUGUGAAUAUACAAAUAGGACCAAUGUGUCGGAUCGCUGGAUUUGCAUGUGGACUCCUAACGGUUUUGCAGAAUGGAAACCGUCAAACCCAAUCCCCUUCGAUGACAAGGAGAAAGACUGUUAGGGGAACUUGUCCAGCUUCUUGGGUUUUGGGGGAAGCCAGGAGGAACUAGUUUAUUUCAGCCAACCUCACACCAUAGCAUGGUAACAACCUUAAAGAGCUUCAGCCUUAGUGGAGCAAGUGCUUUAAGGGUUGGUAUUUGUUUAAUCUAAGGUCCUGACAGGAAAGCGAAAGGAAUGUUGGUGUAGGUGGAGUGAUAGGCAAAGACCCAACCAAUCAGUGCGACACAGCGACUGUCAGCAGGAGUGGUAUCCUGGGUUUACUGUGUCUACACCAAGUAGUUCUGUGAGAGUGGGCUCUCACUGACACUUUUUGGAUUUGGAGCUCCUGGGUCUGCCUAUGGCUCCCCAUGGGGUGGUAUGGCUGCUGCUAUCUGGGGCACGUGGUGCUGUACAUACACCACCUCAUUGCCCUGGAUGAGCACUUGCUCAUGAUGGUCGGCACAGUAGGAGGACUCUCACAGAAGCAGAAAGGUUUUGGAUGACAGCUUUUCCCCAGGAUGGCCUGGCCAGGCUGUCCCAGGAUCUGAUAUAAGACCAUAAGAUAUAGAGGCAGAAUUAGGCCACCUGGCUCAUCGAGUCUGCUCCGCCAUUCAAUCAUGGUUGACCCUUUUUUCUAUCUCCUCCUCAACCCCAGUUCCCAGCCUUCUCCCCGUAACCUUUGAUGCCAUGUACGAUCAAGAACCUAUCAAUCUCUGCCUUAAAUACACCCAAUGACCAGGCCUCCACAGCUGCAGGUGGCAACAAAUUCAAAACAUUUACCACCCUUUGGCUAAAGAAAUUUCUCCACAUCUCUGUUCUGAAAGGGUGCCCCUCUAUCCUGAGGCUGUGCCCUCUUGUCCUAGACUCUCCUGCCAUGGGAAACAUUCCUUCUACAUCUACUCUGUCUAGGCCUUUCUACAUAUGAAAGGUUUCAAAUGAGGUCACCCCUCAUCCUUCUGAAUUCCAGUGAGUACAGACCCACAGCCAUCAAACCCUUGUAUGAUAACCUUUCAUUCUUGUAAUCAUCCUUGUGAACCUCCUCUGGACCCUCUCCAAUACCAACACAUCUUUUUUAAGAUGAGGGGCCCAAAACUGUUCACAAUACUCAAGGUGAGUCUCACCAAUGCCUUAUAAAGCCGCAGCAUCACAUCCUUGCUCUUGUAUUCUAGAAAUAAUGCUAACAUGGCAUUUGCCUUCCUCACCACUGACUCGACCUCAAGUUAACCAUUAAGGUGUCCCGCACAAGGACUCCCAAGUCCCUUUGCACCUCCGACUUUUGGAUUUUCUCCCCAUUUAGAAAAUAGUCCGCACAUUUAUAUCUACUACCAAAGUGCAUGACCAUGCAUUUUCCAACAUUGUAUUUCAUUUGCCACUUUUUUGCCCAUUCUCCUAAUCUGUCUAAGUCCUUCUGCAUCCUACCUGUUUUCUCAACACUACCUACCCCUCCACCAAUCUUUGUGAUGGAGAUGCUGACUUACAAGGCAGAGCUUAAGCACACCAAGUAUGCACUGGCCCGAGUUUUGGCCAAAAUAAUGGCUAUUUGAAUAGCUGGCUUGCAGAAUCAGAUAGCCUUAGAAUACUGCUCACAAAGAAAGGUGUCUCUUGUGCUGUUAUCAUUUAAGAGUUCUGCACCAACGUUACUGACGAGUUGGGGAGCAUCACCUACCUGGUUCAUCACAUCUGAUAGUCAAUGAAUAAGAUUAAGAAAAUGGGGGCCAGUUCCAAAGCUAUUGCACACUGAAAGGAAAAGCUGGUGGUUUUUUGGGGUGCUAGAAGGUUGGUAGACUAUUGUAGUACACAGGGUAGGUACAAUUAGGCUUAUAGUGCUGGGUAUUGUACUUUUCUGUUUUGAAUGUAGUUUAGUGGGGUGUUUGCAGCAUUUAUACUAGCCUGAGAGCCGAAUUGCCACAGUGUCGAGUCUUUCAAGUAGUGGGAUGUAACGUGAAGGAUUAACUUACAUGCCAGUCAAAAGCCACUUCUGCCAUGUUGGUUGUUGAUUGCUAAAUUUAGAGGAUAUAUUAUCUCUCUCUUUCAUUGGUUGGUUUUCGCACCAUGGCAUCAGCUUCCAGUUCCAGGUACCUCAGGGGUAUAAGAAUAGCACUUGCUAGUGUUACGAAUGUGCCACAGCUCUGAGGGGCCGAAGGGUGCGGGGUAGCCCCCUCCUUUUUGAGAAUCGCAAGAUCACUAUUAAGUCAGUUCAGGAGACACAGGAAAUGAGAGAAAGACAUGCAGAAUCCACAAAGAGUUUGGAAUGUGUCCUGGCCUCUGAAAGGUGGAACCAUUGAUACUGGCUAUUGUCUCUUGGAAACGGAAUUGUGUAUUGAAUGUACGAUGCAUCGAAGCCCCCAGGCAAUGAACCAAGUGGGGGGUUGGUGGAGGGAUUGCAUCAUCCCAACCUGAUUGACAUCUGAGACCCUGUGAGUCAGGAUAAAAGAGGGUCUGUGGGAACAGUCCCUCAGACGCACCAGAAGAAACGCUAGCGAUCCCGUAAUAGCGGAAGCCAUUGGGAGGAGGCCACGAGCAUUCGGUUCCAUUUGCCCCAGAACCGGUGGCUUUUACCACGGAAAAACGGCUUUUAGCUAACAACGGGGAAACCAACUCCCAAAAGACUGGAAGGAUUGGCAUCAUCCAAGAACUGGGCAAGUUUAACCCGUCUCCCUCUCAAACCCAGAAAUGCUGCAGCUUGAAUGAACUAACAGUGACUUUUGUGUUUCCAUUGGACAAUACAUUAUCCCCUAGACAAUGAUAGAGCUAUUUCUUAUUGAUUAUUAUGAUACCCGUGCUUUUAGAUUUAAUAUUGACGACUUAUAUUAUCUGUAUGUUUGCAUUGAUCUAAUUUUGUGCCCCUUUAUCAAUAAAUACUGUUAAAAAUAGUACCAUCAGACUUCAACAGACCUCUCUAUCUUUGCUGGUAAGUGACCCAGUUACAGGGUUCGUAACAAAAUUGGGGGGCUCAUCUCGAGAUUUGACACCAAAUUGAGAGGCCAGUGAAUCGGGCUUGUAAGUCCAAAACUUGGAUCUGGUUACGCGGGUAGCCAGAUGGGAAACCAGCAAAGAUGGACGUGGGUGAAUUUAUAGAAAACCCACUAGAGGCGGCCACCAAAUCAGACUUGAUAAAUUUGGCAAAGGGGUUAAACCUCGUAGAGGUGAGGUUGUCAAUGAAAAAGCGGGAGGUGCGAAGGGCAAUAACUCAGUAUUACAUCGAGAAGAAUAUGUUUGCAGCUGAGGUAUUGGAAAAUAUCCCUGAAAAGGUACCAGCUAGUGGGACGGCUCAGUUAGAGUUGGAGAAAUUAAAGUUGGAACAUGCAAUUAAGUUAAAGCAGCUGGAGGCAGCUGAGAAGGAGAAUGAAAGAGCCGAGAGAGAGAGGGAGCAUGCACUCCAGCUAAAGGAGUUAGAGGUGAAACGGGAGCAGGAAAGAGCUGAGAAACAAAGAGAGCAUGAACUUCGGUUAAAACAGCUGGAAGCAGCUGAGAAAGAGAAAGAAAGAGCUGAGAAGGAGAGGGAGGCAGAGAAACAGAGGAAACAUGACUUGGAGAUGGAGAAGUUACGGCAAGAGCCACGAGUUCCGGGGUCAGACCGAGAGGAGCGGUUCAAUGUUAGUCGAGAGUUGAGGUUAGUACCUCCGUUCGAGGAGACGGAUGUUGAUAGUUACUUCUUGCUUUUUGAAAAGGUGGCAGUGAAUCAGAAGUGGCCCAGAGGUCAGUGGGUGGCGUUGUUACAAAGUGUGUUAAAAGGGAAGGCGCAGCGGGCAUAUACGGCAUUGGCCAUGGGGGAGGAGGAGGAGAGUUAUGACAACGUAAAGGCAGCCAUUCUCCAGAGUUAUGAGCUAGUACCUGAAGCGUAUAGACAAAAGUUCAGAACGUUAAAGAAAGGGGGGAAUCAGACGUAUACCGAGUUUGCCAAUGAGAAGGGUGUGCUCUUGGACCAUUGGUGCACAGCAGAGAUAGUGGGGGAGGAUUAUUGGCGUCUCAGGGAGUUAAUUCUGAUUGAGGAAUUUAAAGGUUGUGUUUCGGAGGAUAUCCAGAUGUAUUUGAAUGAGAAGCCAAAUAAGUCCAUCUCAGAAUUUGCUAGGUUCGCAGAUGAAUAUGCCCUAACCCUCAAGACAAAGUUUUCCUCGAAUAAAAGUUCCCAGAGAGACCGUGGGAACGAUCGAGAAAGCCCGUUGGCUGAGGCAGAGGUCCCGCCGGGAGCUAGUGGUAAGGUUGAGGGGGAAAGGCCAGACGGCCAGAGAUUUCCAGGCUUGACCUGUUUUAGUUGUGGAAAGGGGGGGCAUAUUGCAUCUAGGUGCUUUGCUCCGAGGAAAGAGACAGGAAAAGGGAAAGCAGCAAUCCCUGUCGGAUGUGCCAUGGUAAUCAGUAAAUCAACAAGAGAGCCCCGGGUAGACAGAGUACGAGAAGGGUCUGAGACUUGUCCGUCACAUGGAACCGUGUCUGUGAGGGAGGGAGACACACCAGUUCCAGUACGGAUCUGGAGAGGCACGGGGGCUGAGCUGUCGUUGAUCAGCAGUAAGGUACUAGAGUUUGGUCGCAAGACGAGAAUGGUAGCUGUGAAAGGAAUAAGUAAAGGGACAGAAAUGGUGCCCUUACAUAAGGUCAUUAUGGAUUGUGAGCUGGUGUCUGGACCAGUUGAAAUAGGGGUGCGAUCAGACUUCCCAAGAACUGACGCGGACGUCCUUCUCGGUACGAUUUAGCAGGUGGUAAGGUUUGGGCAGCAAUGAUGAUGACAAACCGGCUGGUGAGUGUUGUGGCCCCACCCCUAGAUUCCAAGAUCUAUCCCGCAUGCGCGGUCACUCGCAGCAUGUUGAGAGAGGCAGCUGAGAAUGAGAGCAGUUUAAAUCCGGCCAGUUACGAUUUGGCCGCGACGUUUUUACCGACCCUGUACCACGAGGGUUUAGAGGGUGGUAAAAUGAAGAGUAGUAAAGUGAAAGAGGGUAAGGGAGAGGAGGUAGACCCGCCCUUAGCGAGGAGAAAAGUUUCAGAGGCAGAAGAUAAAGAUGAGAAACAGCUAGAGCUGUUAAAAGGUCCAGGGUUGGACCUGGAUGAUCUGUCUGGGUUGGCAGAACUGUUUGAAGAAGUUGAAAAUGCUAGAGGUGUUCCCGAUAAUGAAAUGAGGGCAGUCCUAGAUGAAAAGGGUGCCCUUACCUUGAAGAAGUCUGCUGGGUUGGCAGAUGAGGUCAUUUCAGCCGUGGGGUUGAGUUUACUCUGGAAGGGAGUUGCCCAGAGAGUAGCUGGGAGAAUCAGGGGAAUUUAGAAUUUGGACCAGGUACGGGUAUUGAAAGCCCGUAAGAGGCAAUGUCCUGUUUGAGUGUGUCCAAGAUGGGGAUGCACGUGGUACUGAAUCUAGUAACGGAGCUCAGAAAAAGUCUGAGGUAUUUGAUUCAGUUGAAAGUGAAGGCCGUCCUUGUGGGUCAGAUAGACUUGGUUCAGUAAAGAAAGGGUUAACAUUGAUAAUAGUGGGAAGUGAGAGUUCCUAGGUGUUUGUGCUCGACGGUGUAUUAAAAAUUAAUGCAGAAAUCAAAAGUGGGGAGAUAAAUAUUAUAAUUGAAGGAAACGGGAAAUAUGUAGUUCCCAAAUCGAAUGAAAAAAAUUUUAAACCUGCAGCUCGCUUACAGGUUGAGUUGGAAGGUGACAGGGCCCCACACUCUAUUCUUAUUCCAGAGUGUGGUGUGAAGAGGCAGAAAUUGAAAUGCUGUUUGAACAAAGAGUUCGAACUGAAAACUACUAGCCUGAGGGGUCCUGAAGAGAAAACUAGCAACUUGCGUAAAAUUAAAGAACUGGGUGGAAAUUCAGAAGACGGUCUAAGUUUGGGACACAUUGUUGAUAAAAUAACUCCUAUGGAAGGAACGGACAAAAACCUAUUUCGCCAGGGGGCCCAAGCUCCCCACAUGGGAAUUAACCGGAAAAGAGGCGAGGGUUAAUGGGGAUGCCAUUUUUAAAUAGCAAAAACCGGUUUUACGGGAUUUCGACAAAGCAUGUCGAAAUAAAGACAACCCCAUGGAAGCCUGCCUGUUAAGUUUGAAAGCAACAGAAAGAUUAGUAUUUGCAUGAACUUUUGUAGUAUACAUGUAAGCUAAGAUCACAACUCUUUAGUUUUUGUUUGCUGAAGGAAAGAAAUAAAAAUAGGUGGUUAUUAAAUUGAAGUCUGAUGCUACAAGACUUUAGUAAGGUACAAGAUGUUAAGAUAUUAAAGGAA